AUGUUAGGCCGAAUUUCUGUUGUAAAGUUGCAGGCAUUAGCCUCUGAGUUGAAGGCAGGUUUCACAGAAGCAAUGCAGGAGCUGUCACGAAUCCAGCAUGGGGAGUAUGCCCUGGAGGAGAAGGUCAAGAGCUGCCGCUGUGCUAUGGAAGAGAAAGUGGCCGAGAUGAAGAAUUCCCUCAACACGUUCAAGGAGGAGCUCAGCGAUGCAAAGUCAAUGAUUGAAGAAAUCAGUGCCAAGCAGGAGGAAAUGCAACAGAAAAUUGAGCAGCUGCAGCAAGAGAAGCGGCGGGAAUCACGGAAGGUGAAAACUAAAAGAGCACAGAAGGAUGAUCACGGGUCGCAGACAGUGCCGACGCCUCUCCAGGGCAGCCCAUUUCGAUCCAUUCACCUUCCAGAACCUGUGCUAAUCAAUGAAGAUUUUACAAGUCUUUUACACAAUGUGACUUAUGAAAAAGUGUCUGACACCAGGAUCAUGCCAAUGGGAGAAGGCAGUGUGAAGGUCAUAGCAGGUCCAGGAGCAGCCAUAGAGACAGAUGACAGCCUCAAGCCUUCCUUGACAACAGAGGGGCAGUCAAAAAUGCAUCUGCCAUCAACAGUAUGGAAGCAGCCCAAGGACACCAAGGACUGGGGAGAUGAAUACAUUUCCAAAGAGCAACCAGAAAGAGGGAAAGACAUGGGCCAAAGCAGAUACAGCUCAGCAGACAACAUAAUAUGUGAACCCUCUUUGGCUGCCAAAAGGCAGAACAUUGCUCUGGAACUGCUGGAGUCAGAAAGGAAGUAUGUCAUCAACCUUUCCCUAAUCCUGAAGAUCAAGGCCACAUUGCAAGGGCCAGAUGUGAAAAGAAGCACCAAAGAGAGAAGUUUUUUCCCCAACUCUCUGAGGUUCCUGGUCCAGCAGCAUGUUGAUUUACUUCAUGCUCUACAGGAGCGAGUCCUGAGCUGGCCCCGACAAGGGAUCCUAGGAGACAUCUUCCUGAAGUUAACAAAUGAUGAGAAUAAUUUUCUGGACUACUAUGUCGCUUACCUGAGGGACCUGCCAGAAUGCAUCUCUCUGAUCCAUGUGGUGAUCCUGAAAGAGGUAGAAGAAGAAAUCAAGUCUGAUCUCUACAUUCUGUUCUUCCAUAUAGUCCAGCGAAUCCCUGAAUACCUUAUUCAUCUACAGAAUGUCCUGAAGUUCACGGAGCAAGAGCAUCCUGACUAUUACCUGCUGCUGGUGUGUGUGCAGCGCCUUCGGGUUUUCAUCUCACACUAUAGUCUCCUCUUCCAAUGCAAUGAAGACCUGCUGAUUCAGAAGAGGAAAAAGCUGAAGAAGUCAUCCCUGGUGAAGCUGUACAAAGGUCUCACCUCCCAGUGCACAAGCCAAGAGGUUUCUCCAACAGCCAGUGCAGCAUCUAUUCGGGACAGUGGGAUCCACACUGAAGAGACAAUACAGUCAUUCCCACCAGCACCUUCCUCUGGCACGACAACCCCGCAUUUGAUGCCCCAGAUGAAGAAACCCCAGCCAACUGUGAUGGAGAAUAUCCAGGCUGUAAAGCCCCCUGAAUGGGAAAUAGAAAGUAGGAAACAUGAGAGGCCCGAGAACAUCCUUGCAUCCUCUCAGCUGACAGAGCAGGAACUCAAGGCUCUGACAGCCCCCUUACAAUCCAUUCCUGAAAUGGAGUAUGAAGCACCACCGGCUGACGCAGUGGGAAACACUGAGAGAGCCAUCAGGACCUCUGUGGAGCUGUUACAGGAUGCGAGGAACUUUGCACCAAGCUAUGAAGAAUUCGACUACCCUGGGGAGGUUUUCACCAUGCCAGGUCCCUAUGAAGAUGACACCUUCCAAAACCUCGCUCUCUUUGAGAAUUGUUCUCCAGCCUCUUCAGAGUCCAGCUUAGAUAUUUGUUUCCUUAGGCCUGUUAACUUCACCUCAGAACCAGAGAGGACAGACCAUGCCUUACAGCCAUUGCCUAAGAGCUGCACCCCUGUGAGCAGCAGUACUUACAAGCGUGAGAUGUUUCACAGCAAAGGCAAGCAGCUGAGCAGGUCUCUGAAGGAGCUGCCGAGGAGCGCUGAGGGUGUGAGCACCAGACUCUACAGCACACGGAGCAGCAGCGGAAGCCGUCUGCAGCAGAAGCAGGAGAGGAAUGUUCAGCCUCACAUGAUCUCAGCCUCAUCUCGAAGCUCCCAAAGGAGCUACUUCCCCCCACAGAGAGGAGCGGGUGAAAAACCAAGCUUUUUGGAAGAGCUCCAUGCAGAAGACAACACCAGGUUCUGCCAGAAGGAUGACAAUGAGCAAACAUCCUUCAGCGACCACAACCCACGGCACGAGCCCAAGGGGGGGUUCCGGAGCUCCUUCCGCAAGCUCUUCAAAAAGAAAUAAGCAGCCCC